UUCCGGUUUGUUGUGACAGCGGGCGGUUGAUUUCGAGGAGGCGAUGUUUUGGUAGGAGGGAUUGCUUCAUGUACUACAGACAGCAAUGUCAGUGUAUGACAGAUGGAUGCACAUUGUCAUCGGCCAUUUUGGAUAUUAAGCUGUAAUUAAUAUAUAUAUACACUCUCUGUAACCUAUGCAUGGUUACAAACUUGGUUGUUUACCAUGGAGACGGUCACAGGACAACCCAAUUCUGACCACCCACAAGGUCAAAGGUCAUAUGAAGGUCAUGAGAAAGAAGUACAGGAUGUUCAAGAUGAAUACCCAAAAGGACUGAGGGAGUUGAUAAUGGCAGACAAAGUUAUAAUAAGACAGUGUUUGGACGUAGCUGAAGCCGUCCUUUGCUGGCAGAGACCGUGCAGAUACAGUCUGUAUACUUCAGAUGAGGAUGAAGAUCACUUUCUUUAUGCACAGGAAAUUUCAGAAUGUUAUUUAAGGCAAUGCUUAGGAGCUGUGCGAGGAUUUGUUAUGAAAUUCAGUAAUGCAGAGAUGCAGGACGUGAUGAGACUGCAGCGCCCCCUACGGUGUCCUUGUGGAGUCUGCUGGUGGUGGUGCUGCUGCGUUCAGGAACUCACAAUUGAAAGUCCAUCAGGGAAUCCUGUUGGACGUAUUGUGGAAAAUCGUAUGUGCUGCUGUCCGAGAUAUCAGAUUCUAGACGAUGGUGACAAUGUUGUCUUCAAUGUAGAGUUCUCCUGCUGUCUGUGUAAACUGUGUGCUGAUGUGUCUAUACAGAUAUUUGGUGCUCGCUAUGGUGAUGAGCCUGUGGCAGAGAUAACUAAAGCUUGUCGUGGUAACAAUAAAGACUGCUGUGGUACGGAAAACAACUUCAUUCUGCAUUAUUUGUUGACAGAUCUUCAUGUACAGGAUAAAAUCCUCUUGCUAGGUGCUAGCUUUUUAAUUGACUACAAUUUUUUUGAGCGUCAACAAAGAUCCUGCUGCUGAUAAUAGAAUUUCAAGCACAAGAGUCCCACAUGAAGCUGACGUACAUGUAAUUCCGAAAACACCCGCUCAAUCUAUAUCACAGGGUUAUGUACAAACAGUAUAUUUUUUACCUUUUUUCUGUUUUUAACAUUAUCAUUCACAUUGAUAUCAUUGUAUAGACCUCCUCCCGAGAAUAUAUUCAGGGGAGAUAACUCUUCAAAAAUGUACUUCUGUAAUUAUGAAAAUUGUUUUUAACAACUUUUCACAAUAUAUAUUCAUACUGCCAAAUAUUAAAUCCCCAGUUUUAAGCAUUCUGUGAUAUAUCUCUGCCUUUACUAUUUUUAAAGAAUCUGAUAUUUUAUAUUUAAUUUCUUUAACAAUUUUAAUGUGGUUCAUGGACGCCAUAUGCAAGUUUUGUUACACUCGGUAUCUUGAUAUUUUAAUAGUAAGUGUUCCCUUUAUAUAUUUCAAGAUAUUUGUUGUUAUCAAUGCAUCUUUAUAUGUAAUUGUUGUACAUAAUUAUGAAUUAUAAUAUUUUUGAUUGAUUUACCUGUAAAUUUAAAGUUUACUUUGUUGAUUGACUCUGACCUUGAAUGAUUGAGUGUAACUUUUUCAGUGACUGACCCAAUCUUUUGAGUGAUUCACUUUGACUUUGACUUUGGGGAAAAUGGAUGUUACAUUUGAAACUUUGUGAUAUGAUGAUUGACUUUGUCUUUAAAUGAUUAACAUUGUCAUCAGAAAUAUUGACCUUGGUAUUUGGAUAAUUAAAUGGUUGUCCUUCACUAGAAGAUAUUGACCUUGACAUUGAAUGACUGUCCUUUACGUGUAGAUAUUGACCUUGACAUUGAAUGGUUGUCCUUCACGUGAAGAUUAUUGGCCUUGAAAUUGAAUGGUUGUCCUUCACGUAGAUAUAUUGACCUUGACAUUAAAUGGUUGUCCUUCACAUUGAGAUAUUGACCUAAACGUUAAAUGAUUGUCCUUCACUUGGAGAUAUUGACCUUGACAUUGAAUGGUUGUCCUUCACGUGGAGAUAUUGACCUUGACAUUGAAUGGUUGUCCUUCACGUUGAGAUAUUGACCUAAACGUUAAAUGAUUGUCCUUCACUUGGAGAUAUUGACCUUGACAUUGAAUGGUUGUCCUUCACGUGGAGAUAUUGACCUUGACAUUAAAUGGCUGUCCUUCACGUUGAGAUAUUGACCUAAACGUUAAAUGAUUGUCCUUCACUUGGAGAUAUUGACCUUGAAAUUGAAUUGUUGUCCUUCACGUGGAGAUAUCGACCUUGACAUUGAAUGGUUGUCCUUAAAAUGGAGACAUUGAUCUUGAUAUUGACUUCCUUCACGUAGAAAUCUUGGCCUUGACAUUGAAUGGCUGUCUUUACACGGAGAUAUAGACCUUGACAGUGAAUGGACAACCUUCAUGCAGAGAUAUUGAACUAGGCAUUGAAUUGUUGUCCUUAACCUGGAGACAAUGAUCUUUCACAAUGACUGAUCUUCCUUCACUUGGAGACCUUGAAAUUGAAUGACCGUCCUUCACCCUGAAACAUUGACCUUGACUUUGAAUUGCCUCCAUCACGUGGAGACAUUGACCUAGACUUUGAAUGUCCUCCUUCUCCUGAAAGGAUUGACUUUGACAUUAUUAAAUUGAUCUCUGGAAUGGAGUUAAGUAAUAUUACAUCGUAACGCCAUUAUCAAAUUAUUGUGCUGAUAAACCUUUAUCUACCACGCGCUACAUGAAACAAAUAAACAUUAGGGUAAUUGGCAAAUUACAUUUUACCAUGUACAUUGUUUGACGCACAUCUGUCUGAUCUAUCAGAGUUACUUCCCUUCGUUUCACUCUGAUGCGUGUUGCGAGUUUUUCUGGAGCGAGGCUUGGUUACGUGACCUCUCUAUGCCAAUCAAUACUUUACACUACAAAAGUGUUACGAAAAAAAUCUUUGGCCUGAAAAAAGGCAUCAUAAAUAUAUAGCGAUCUGGACAGCUGGUGGGGGCCAAGAAUGGACGUAAAGAGAUGCGGAACUAUUUUGUGUUCAUAUACAUGUGUAACAUAUAUAUUUUGUCGGAGAUACUUACAGACUGUAUGCGAUAUAUAUAUACCACUCUGGAUGUAGUAGAGAGUAUAUUGUGGUUAAUUAAUAUAUACAUUUUGUAUGUAAGAAUAUUUGAAAUGUUCGUUAUAUAUUUCGUAUGUACAAGCUUUUGAUAUAGCCAGAAUUGAAUUCUGUAUGUUACAUGUAUGUACCAUUCAUUUAUUGGAAUAAAUUAAAAUGGAAUAUUU